AUGGCGAGCCGGCCGGCCGCCCCGGGGCCCUACCGCGCCACCAAGCUGUGGAAUGAAAUUACAAAAUAUUUCCGAGCAGGCAUGCCAUUAAGGAAGCACAGGCAACAUUUCAAAAAACAUGGAAGCUGUUUUACUGCGUCAGAAGCUGUAGACUGGCUCCAUGAAGUAUUAAGGAAUAACAGUAACUUUGGUCCUGAAGUUACUAGGCAGCAGACCGUUCAGUUAUUAAGAAAGUUUCUCAAGAAUCACGUAAUUGAAGAUAUAAAAGGGAGAUGGGGAUCUGAAAAUUUAGAAGACAAUGGUGCGCUAUACAGGUUUCCUUCAACAUCUCCAGUUAAACCUCUACCAAGCUCAUGUCCACCAAAAGAGAACUUGGAGAACUUCUCUAGAGACAAAGAAAGACUUUUUAAACUGCCGCAUUUAUCCAGGAGAACUUUUAAAAAACAUGACUUACUACAGUCUCUGGAAAAUUUAGAAAAAACAAACGCAGAUAUAAUAGAGGAAAACAAGGAAGACACACUGCAUAGGAAGGAAAUAAGCCAGGAAUAUGUGCAAGAAACUUGGAGAACUAUCAUUCUAAUACAUUUGCAAACCAUUUUAGGCCUCCCAUCUUUGGAAGAAGUUUUGCAGCCAACACAGAUAGUUCCUGAAUAUGUCAUAUACAAUAUGACUAACACGAGCAAACAUGGUGUUGUUAUUUUGCAGAACAAAUCAGAAGACCUUCCUCACUGGGUGUUGUCAGCUAUGAAAUGCCUCGCAUACUGGCCUAGAAAUAAUGACAUGAGCCAACCAACUUACAGUGGGUUUGAACGGGAUGUAUUCAGAACGGUUGCUGAUUACUUUCUCAAUCUCCCUGAACCAUUACUUACUUAUGAAUACUAUGAACUUUUUGUUAAUAUUUUAGUUAUGUGUGGCUACAUCACAAUUCCAGAUAUAUGCAGUGGAAAACAGUCUGUCCAAGAUGAGAAAUGUGAUCCACAACCUUCAAAAAUUCUUCACUUGAACUCUUUCAAGUCAACUGAGUGUCUUCUUCUAAGCCUACUUUCCAAAGAGCCUGACAAAAAAAAGAAGGAAUAUGAAGCUUCCAGGAAGUCUUCUUCAGAAGAGCUAACUAUUCAAAAACAAUGUGCAAAGAAAUUGCAGCAAUACAAACUGAAAUAUAAACAAGGUAGUGCUGAUAAUCUAAUAGGAGGAAGUUGUCAAAAUCUUUCAGGUUUCAGGAAUGAACAAGAUCCACCUCGAACAUUUAGGACAAGAUGUUACUCUUUGGAAAGAAUUGGAGAUACUGCUUCAGGUGUACGUAAUAAAGGAGAAUCCGAUUCCCUCAGGCAAAGUGAUGUAAACACCAUCCUGGGCACAAGAAAUGGAAAACAAUCACUUCCGUAUGAGCAUAAAGCUAACUCUGUAUUGGAGCUUGGUUUUGAUAACACAUGUCAAAAACAAACCCAUGGUAUCAAGAGAGUAUCUGCCUCAACUCUUCAGGAUAAAGAGCUAUUUCAUGAAAAUCACGGAUCGAAGCAAACAUGCAGGUCUCUGAGUUUACUUGGCAAGAGGAACUCCAAAAGUUGCACUAGCAUUAAUAUACCAGUUGCUGAAAUCACAGUAAAGCCAAGGUCUCAACUUUGUGGACAAGGAAAACCAAAUACCUCCGGUGUGGCUAUUUCAGUGGACAUCAGGACUGAGGUUUCUGAUAUCACCGUCAAAAAGAGGCUCUGCAAAAGUACCACAGAACUCUCAGAAUACUCUUUCACUCACUCUUCUUGUAUGUUGACUGGCACGCAAAAUCUCCUUCAGCCUCAUUUAGAAAGAAUUGCUGUCGAAGCACUACAGAUAUGUUGUUUGUUGCUUCCACCACGGAAUCGUAGAAGGAUUCAGCUCCUAAUGCGUAUGAUCUCUCGGAUCAGUGAAAACGUUGAUAUGCCACGACUGCAUGAUGCAAUGGGCACGCGUUCUUUGAUGAUACAGACUUUUUCCCGAUGCGUGCUAUGCUGUGCAGAAGAAGAUGAUCUUGAUGAGCUGCUUUCUACACGAUUAGUUUCAUUUCUAAUGGACCAUCAACAAGAAAUAUUUAAAGUACCAACUUAUCUGCAGGUUGCAGUGCGAGAUCACAUAGAAUACGUGAAGAUGGCUCAGUGCAAGUAUCCAAAGGAAGAAAUUUGUGCCAUAUUGCCAACGUAUUCAUACUGCAAACAAAUAACUCCUCAGGAGUUUGAAGAACAAAAGGUUUCUACCUCUCAAGCUGCAGUGGCAGAGCUCUUAGAGAACAUUAUCAAAGAUAAAAACUUGUCUGUGAAAGACAAAAAGAAAAAGUUAAAACAGUUUCAGAAGGAAUACCCUCUAAUCUACCAGAACAGAUUUCCAACUACAGAAAAUGAAGCAAUGCUAUUUGAGAACAAACCUACCAUCAAACAACCGAUGCUUAGCCUAAGAAAACCAAGAUUUCCUAGCCUAAGAUACUAAUUUCAUCACACUUCGGCUGCUUAUUUAUUUGAUGGAUGGAUGGAUGAAUGAUUUACCAAAGGGCACUUGCUACAGAAACUUGAUGGUGGCGCUGUGUGUAGAAGGAAGAAAUGUUUACAUGGACACUAUGUUGAAAGGUGCCAAAAUAACUUUUUUUUUUUGUGGAGAUAACUUUUGAAUGACUAAAAGAGAAAUAAAUAUUUAUCUGUUUACAAAUUAUUAAAAUAUAUUGUGCUCAGUAAAAUAAAUGUGAAAAUAAGCAUGAAGCUAUUAGUAACCAAAAAUUUAUAUAUGGUUUUCAUAUGGGAAACUAAUGAUAUGCAUAUCGUUGUAACUUUUUUAAUGUCUGUUCAGGAAUUUGUGCCAUUUAUUAUAGUUUGUGUAGGUUUUUAAAUGUCUGUAUGUUGUGAAUAAGUGCCUUCUUUGUAUUCUCAAAAUAUUUGUCUUUAAACAAAACGAAGUUCUUUGAGUUUGGGACUAAUUUAAAAGUUGGUUCUGUUGUUUCCAAGGGAGCCAGAAAUUCACCGUAAAUAAACG